UCUUUUACUUUCUCUUCUAGGCUUUUAGCUGCUAUAAUCACUGAAAAGUAAAAAUACAAGCAGUAGCCUCUCAACUUUAUGCUCUUUACUCCUUUUCAAUUUCCUUUUCACUUGCCAUAAUUCUCUAAGCAUAGUUCACUCGCGUUGAUCAAUUUAAAAAGUUAGCGCUACCCUGUAAGGUUAUCUGUUGUAUCAUACAGUUCUUGCAUUCUAAAGAAUUACUUAUCAAGGCAUCAACUUCUUUUUUAUUUGGUACUUCUGCAGACAUGUUUGAUAUACUUUUUGGGUGGAGAAAAGCUACUAAAUGUAAGAAUUUGAUUAAAAGAGUUAAGUGUCGGCUCAAGCUGUUGAAGAACAAGAGAAGUUGCAUUGUUAAGCAGUUGAGAGAUGACUUAGGGCAGCUACUCAGACAUGGACAUUAUCAAAUUGUCUUUGAUAGGGUUGAGCAGCUAUUUAUGGAUGAAAAUAUGUUGGUAGUAUAUGACUUAUUGGAGAACUUCUGUGAAUUUAUCCUCAUUAACCUUCCAUAUAUCCGCAGACACAAGGACUGUGCAAAUGAAAUCAUUGAAGCAGUGUCGAGCCUCAUAUUUGCAUCAGCAAGACUUGGUGAUUUACCAGAGCUUCCGGUGAUCAGGAAGCUCUUUGGCGAGCGAUAUGGGAAGAAAUUCGAAACAUCUGCCCUUGAAUUGCUUCCUGGGAAUCUUGUGAAUCAUCAGGUAAAAAAGAACCUGUGCAUAAAGUCUGUUUCAAAUGAAGUGAAAUACAGAUUGGUGGAUGAAAUAGCAAGGAGUUGCUUUCGACAAGGACCUUUGCUUCUUGAAUACAGAAAUGAAUCGCAACAAGAGCAGGCAAAUAAAACCAUUCUUGAUGCUCAAACUGGUUACAAGAAGGAUGGAAGAAAAGGAUUGAAUAAUUCCAACAUCGCGACAAAAGAAAAUAUUUUAUCUACUGAUUAUUCAUCAGCAAUUGGGCACAUUUGUUUAGAUUCAGUGCACUAUUUGAAGAAUAAUGAGCAGGAAAGGGUUUCAAAUUCUGAGGAGAUGAUAUGCUUGGGUGACAUUGAGGAGUUUGAGUCUAUUCUGGGCAAAGAUUUGAAUUUCCAAGAUCAGAGGCUAUUCAUAUUCAAAGAACCUCUCUUUUCCUUACUGUUAAAGAUGGAUAGUACUAAUAGCAAUAUGGAUAUUAUCCCCCUGCAAAAGACGAGAGUUAUCGCUAUAAAGGAUGCAAGAGAUCAUUUGGAAAGUCAAGAAUGUUGUUCUUUUACUUUCUCAUCAUCAGCAGCAAUGACUGAUUUGAGGCCAAGAAAAGAAAAUCAGCACUCUUAUUUGAGAACAAUGACUAUGCCACCUGAAAGGCCUAAAGAUGACAACUUUAUUCGGUCAAGUUCAUUUCCAGUUCAAGAAUCAUCUCCGAAAAGCUAUGUCCAUCCGAAGCUUCCAGAUUAUGAUGAAAUUGCAGCUAAGUUCAAGGCUCUCAAGAAAGAGAGACUGCAAAAGAAAUGCUAGCAGAAAGGAAUUAGAGUCAUUCAUAACAGUAGCUUAACAAAUAGAAUGUGUGUUUGUAUGUGUCUUUCCUUUUUAAUUUUUGUUGUGGGGAGUUAUACAGAAUUCAUUAGAUUUAUGCAUUUCUCACUAACGUUCUCCUUGAAGAGA